AUGCCUCUGACUACUCCUUCUCUACCAGCUCCCACUGAAUGGGAAACCUACGAGCACAUUCUCUUCAAGGAAGCUGUUGAAUCCAUCUACCGCGAUCCCUAUACUUUGACCAGAUUGCGAGAAACCAGUAUGUUGAUUUACUUUUAUUCCAAACUAAUUUUAUAGAAAACAUGAAGUGAUUCCAACCUUUUUAUAGCUCCUAGUUGUGAGAAGGAUUUUUGACACUGAAACAUUUAGUUAAUAAAUACUUUUGUUCUCAGAGGUGCAGGUAACAUUGAUUAGCAUUUUUUCAAAAAAUUCCAUCUUUUGAAAAUUGCUGACAAGAUAGCACUGAGUUUAGGUUAUUGAUUGAACUUAGACUAAAAAAAAUUCGUUACAUGUCAAUUCUGAAGUAUGACUUUGCAUUCCCAAAGGAUUAUAAAUUUUCUCUCGAAUUUCUUUGUCCGAUUUUCGUAUUUCAAAAAUUCUUCAUUACAGUGACGAAGGCCCAGCGCCAGAUGUUCGAAAACUUGGUGUUUUCGUUUGAAGAGAAAACUUUCUCAAACGGUAAGUCUAAUUUUUAUUCGAAAGAUCGCCUUUUUGUUCUGUAAAGAAAUCGCUAUACUUUCAGAUCUAAUGGACCACGUCUUUCAUCCGAUUCCUCGCCGGAGAUCCUCGUCUUAUUCUUCGCCGGAUCGGAACAAUAAUCGCAGGCCGAACACUCGUGAUCGUCAUAACAGCGAAACGACUGUGAGUUUAAAGUUUAGACGCUGCAGAAUGUUUGACAAAACGACGAAUUUCAGCUCUCAAUGGUUGUUCUUUAAUUAUUAGUAUCAUCAUUUCAGUGUGGCUACUGCAAACAACUCGGCAGGUCGGAUUGGAACACCCAUAACCGCUUCGACUGCAGACAGCUGCAGAGUCUGCCUCCUUGCCGGAUUUGCGGAGCCAAAGACCAGGACAACCACACGGAGACGUGAGUUUUAUAGUCUUUUUCAUUAACAUUAUAUUGAUUUUUACGGUUAGGAGACUCAACUUUGUCUUAGGAAGAAAAAAAAACACCUAGAAAUUACUUACCUAAACUAACGUAGACAAGUUUUAAGACCAGUGAAGAAAGGAAAGGACAAGAGCCCUCUGAAGGUUUAAUCGAAAUACUUUGUUACAGUUACUGCCCGGAACAGAUCCCGACCGAGCUGGUCUUGAGAGAGGAAUUCGCCAAACUCGGCUUGGACAAGCAGCGGAAGCGCGAAAUUCGCGAGCAAAUCUCGGAGAUCAACCAGCAAAUGUACGAAAACUUGCCCAACGCUGGAAGCUACGCCUAUAACCGUCUCCAAUUCGACAAUGAAACUGAAUAA